AGUGAAGCGCAGCGACUGGUGAAGGAGGCGGCCAGGCUUGAAAGCGCCAGGCGUGUUUGUGUGGCGGUGACAGCCGAGUCAGGACAAUCGCUCAUACACACCUUCUCCAGGUCGGAGUGCUUCUGGGGGGCAAAAGGACGCAAUUUAACCGAGAACAAUCUGAGAACUAUUUUACACAGGGUUUAAGGACAAUUUAUCAAGAGGUUUCUGGACGGCGACGCGUUUUUGAGAAGCGUUCAGUUUACAACAGCCGGCUCUUCAGGACGGCGACAUGUCGGAUCUCUCUGGUCCCGAGUUCGAGAUCGAUGUGGAGAGUCUGGAGGCAGAGAGCGAAGAGACGGCGGCUUUCACCGCUUCCUUCUCCAGCGCCGGCGAGGAGGAUCCGGGAGCCAAGGACGAGGACAGAGUCGGCCAUACUGCUCAUAUGUCCGGGGAGCAAAAAAAGCUGAGCCGCACGCCCAAGUGCGCCCGCUGCCGCAACCACGGCGUGGUCUCCUGCCUCAAGGGCCACAAGCGCUUCUGCAGGUGGAGGGACUGCCAGUGCGCAAACUGCUUGCUGGUGGUGGAGAGACAGCGGGUCAUGGCCGCCCAGGUGGCCCUGAGGAGACAACAGGCUACAGAGGAUAAAAAAGGCAUAUCAGGGAAGCCAACACCAGCCGAAAGACGGACUAUCUAUCAAAGACACAUCCGCCCAUCCACUAUGCUGGCUAAAAGUAUCUUAGAAGGUUACCGCCCUGUCCAGGCAGACCCUUUCCUGGGUACCAGCCCUGCUCUCCCGCCGCCUCUGAGUGACCGCAUGAGAAAGAGACGGGCUUUUGCUGACAAGGAGCUGGAGAGCAUCAUGCUGGAGCGGGAAUACAAAGAACGUGAAAUGUUGGAGUCCAACAAGACAGCCUCUGCUUCCCUUUUCAUCCCUGGCAGUGUGGUGCACGCAGCCGAGUACAACUCCUACAAGACGGCAUUUUCCUCAUCGUCCACACCUGCAGCACCUGAAUCAUCACCCAAGGACCUGUGCAGCUUCCUGCCUGGGUGCUUGGACCUGUCUCUUGGGUAUGGUGCAUCUGCUGGGCCAGCCAAUGUUGAACUGAUCUCCUCCAACGUCAGUGUGGCCACCACCUAUCGCCAGUACCCACUCUCACCCCGUUUUGUCAUGUGGCCACGGGGUGGUAGCAACCUGGGUGAUGCACUUCUCUACCAACAGUGCCUCCUCAAUGCCACUGCAGUGCAAAAUCUCAAGCCUGGUGCCGUUUGGGACCCCAAGAUGAUGGCCUCCAGUGAGAGCCACUCACCCGAGCAGGAGUCUCCCUCUGCUGCCUCAAGACUAGAAGGAUCCCGGGCAGCUUCAGAUCCCAACAACUUGCAGGCUGGGUCUAUGGAGGCCCAGACGGGUCUAAGCCAAAACGGCAGGGAGCGUUCAGCCUUCUCACCGCCCAAAAGGGUGUACAGACAGGCAUUCGCCAAUGGCCCAUUACACCCAGGAGGCCAUGAGCAUGUGUUAAACAAGAUGAGCAAAGACAGCGCCAAGCACACACUGUCCAUGAAGCUGAACUCCUUCCACUCGCUCAUCCAGCAGACUCUGAGUGAAAAGAACCCAGAGCUCAGGAGCCCCUGCUGUAAAGAGUUACUAGAGGAGGCUGCUAAGAAGUUCAGGGACGGCUCAGUCAAAGACACAGCAUGCUUUAAAAGCUCAGAGAGAGCAGUAAAGGACUCCAUGGUCAAACCUGCAGGCACAAAGGUUUCCUCGAACGAGCCUUUGUCAUUUUCUGUGGAAGCCAUAUUAAAACGGCCCUCACUGCCUGUAAACCGAGCAUCCCAGUAAGGUUGCUUGUCAAGAACAUCAAUCAAAACGGUACUUAUGGACUGAAACUUCAAUAUAAUGUGUAUCUGUGUAUUUAUUUCUACUUUUAGACAGAAAUGGAUUUUCUGGAAAGUGAUUGUCUGUGGUUGUAUAUGUAUGUGAGAUAAAACAGCUUGGUGAUUGUAGUACUUAUGUAUUCACUCUAACCCCAUCAAUACUGUAAAUAGCCUUGUAAAUACUAUAGUAUGUGACUCCAGCAUGUUGUAAAUCAGAAUGUAGAGUAUUUAAAUGUAUUGGUAAUUUUCUACUUUAAAAUGUGUUAAUAAAAGUUUGUGAAAAUUCAUAA